AUCAAGCACACACACACACACACACACACACUUCCGGAAAUCAGAAACACAGCAGUGAAUGAGCAGAAUGAGUUGGAAAAUGUGCGCCUCUGGGCAAAGGCGCGUCUGUGAGCUCCUGAAACACCUCAGUGGCUGAAAGUCCCUGAGGACAAGUUCCACAUUUCUCACUUCUUCUUAACCAGUGAAGUUUCAGGACCUGACAGAAGCCUCUUCCUCUCUCUAGAAGACUGCAGGGUUGAUCAUGGGGAGAAGAGGAGCAGCACAGAGAGAUGAAGAAUUCAGUUUUGUCAGUCCAGUCGUCAAAUACUUACUUUUCUUCUUUAACACAAUAUUCUGGAUUAUCUCAGUGGUGCUGAUGGCCAUUGGUGUGUACGCCAGAAUAAGUAAACACGAGACGGCGAUGGCCUGUUUGACAGUGGACCCCUCCAUCCUGCUGCUGAUUGUUGGAGUUCUCAUGUUUCUCCUCACGUUCUGCGGCUGUGUGGGUUCUCUCCGAGAGAACAUCUGCCUCCUGCAGACGUUCUGCAUCUGCUUGACUGUCAUCUUUUUGCUGCAGUUGGUCGCUGGAAUUUUGGGUUUUGUCUUUUCAGACAAGGUGCGCUAUAAAGUGACAGAAAUGAUCAACAAUGCAAUCAAGCAUUACAGAGAUGAUAUGGACCUGCAGAACCUUAUUGACUUUGGACAAAAAGAGUUUGCCUGCUGUGGUGGUAUUUCUUUCAUGGACUGGUCACAGAACAUCUAUUUCAACUGCACGGAGGAGAACCCGAGCAGAGAGCGCUGUGCCGUGCCCUUCUCCUGCUGCCUCAUCUCUAAAGACGAGGCUCUAAUAAACACUAUGUGUGGACAUGGCAUGCAGAAGCUGGAGAUGAUGAAGGCCAGCGCUUUCAUCAACACCAGUGGCUGCAUUGACAAACUCGUCAACUGGAUCCACAGCAACCUGUUUCUGCUGGGAGGCAUAGCGCUGGGCCUCGCCAUCCCUCAGCUGGUGGGAAUCCUCCUCUCUCAGGUCCUGAUUAACCAGAUCCAAGAUCAGAUUAAACUUCAAGACUACACCUUGCAGCACCACUCGGACCCAUGGAGCUGAACGUACUAUUGCAAAUGUGAAACAGUUCCGCCUCACACUCAGCACCGUGCCUCUUAGUACAAUCGGUAUGAAGCUAAGCUAAACAACAUACAGUAGAUAUAUCUCUAUAUGACAGGCAUGUCCAGAGGUUCUAGGGUUUUAGAAGAAUGAAAACCACAAGUGAUCAUGAUGUGUUAUGAAUGCUGUGGUUAUUAGUUCGAAGGCCACCUGAAUGAUUGGGUAGGGGGAAAAAAUCACCUUUUCGUGUUCUAAGACAACAGAUUUGGAAGCUAAUAUUAAAAAUAGAUGAAAAGAAAAACUAGCUUUUAGAUCGGAGGUCCGAAUUGCUGUAUUGUGAUAUUUAUUCAUUUGCACUAGGAGAACUUUUCAAUGACAGGCAGCACUAAAUUUUCAGAAUCUACCACUAAGUGUCUCCUACUGUUUCAAAGUUACUGAUCCUUCCUUUCUACACAUGGACAGCUAAAAUCAUCUGUGCAAACCGGUUACCUGUUUACAGAAUUAUAUAAUUUUAUAUCUUCUUUAUAUGUAUGUGUCUAUGUGCAUUCUUACUGCAAACUUGCAACCUUUUUUUAUUGUACAUUUCAGAGAUGGGGCAUUUUCUUCCAAUAUGGUGCCAUUUUUGUCCUUAGGAUAUCUGUAUAUAAGGUCUAAUGUGUUAGGCGACAAAGCUUUCAUGUAUACUUACACCACAUCUGCUUUAAAAAUGUAUGUAAAAUGUAUCCUAUAGAAAAUAUUAAACUUUCUAAUUGCAGUUCACAUCCACAAUGAUGUUAGAUCAUGAAAUGAUUUUGCACCAUUACUGUUAAUUAGUAUUAAUAUAGGCCACUUUAUCAUCACUGACCUUCUUUGGAAAUCACAUUUAUAGAAAUAAUCACACUUCUUACUAUAAGUAGGAAUGAUAAUCUGUAGGAUGCAGGUCUUCUGAUUUUACAGAUGUGUCCAAAAUGUUUAUGAUCAAGCUAGGGUGUAUGAUACUCAAUGUAUAUUCCAGGGAUGAAGUAGAAGUCUUGCGUUCUUUGAGUGAACUUUGAGUAUGUCAAUACACCUACUGGGAUGUUUUUGGGAAGUGGGAGGAAACUAGUGAACUCUGAGGAAACCCACACGGACACAGGAGAACAUUCAAAACUUCUAAUAUUCACCAGAGCUUAGGAUCUUACCCUGGAGCUGCGAGGGGGCAACGUUGCCUGCUACACCAAUUGUACACACCAACUGUAAAACAGUAUAAUAUUAAUGAAUUAUGUAAUUAUUUGUGUGCCCAGAAAUAAUACAAGUUCUUCCUGCAGUC